AUGCCCAAGUGUGAGCUUUCCACGAAGAUUAUACCCGCAACAUGUGCCUGGUCCCUGAUCAUCGUGUGUACCGCUCUGUACUUCGCGUUUGUCUGUCGGUACCUGACAGAUGAGUACAACUAUGCCUUCCCAGUUGGCCAGGGAGUCAUCACCAUCUUCAUGAUGCUCAAUUUGUGCCUGUCGACUUUCAUGGAUCCUGGAAUAUUCCCCAGAGCACCAGAUGAUGAAGCCAAGGACGACGACUUCCGCUCUCCGCUGUACAAGAAUAUAGAGAUCCGGGGUGUGCCGACACGCAUGAAGUGGUGCACAACAUGUCAGUUUUACCGUCCGCCUCGCAGUUCUCAUUGUAGCUCUUGUGAUAACUGCAUUGAUACAUUUGAUCAUCACUGCCCGUGGCUGAACAACUGUAUAGGUCGCAGAAACUACCGCUACUUUGUUACGUUUUUAUUGACUCUCUGUGUUCAUAUACUGACCAUCUUUGCUCAGUGUGUGUUCUACAUCAUGCAACACAAUGACAACUUGCUACGACCUGGGCCCAUCAUUGCCAUCAUCAUUAACAUCGUCAUUGGUCUUGUAUUAGUUCCAGUUUUUGGUCUGACUGGAUUCCAUAUAUUUCUAGUCUCAAAGGGCACCACAACAAAUGAGCAGGUGACUGGAAAGUUUAAGGGUGGUCCAAAUCCAUUUACGAAAGGCUGCGUCAGAAACUGCUGCUACAUAUUCUACGGACCCAGAUGGCCAAAGCUUGUGGGCUACAUUCCGAAGACUCGAACUGUCAAGUUGGACUCCAGCAAAAUCACGUACACGGCUGCAGAGAAUGAUGUCAGCAUCAUCGUUGCCACCAAUUCAAACGGCAUCCAGUCUGUUGGUAAAAAUCACAAUCUGAGACCCAGAAGUGGCCAUGAGCAUGAUGAGUAUCUGGACAAAAGCAGUCAGUCAAUUGACUGUGAGCCCUCGCCGCCAGCGGCUCGUAAGCAAGGGGGUUCAUACACCAACCUGUUCAAUGCAGGCGGGAACCAGCAGCCCUACCCAGCCUCCGCUAAGGUGGGCGUGCAAGCCACUGCUGACUCCAACCACAGGGGGCGACCCGCUUCACCCUCCAGCCAGCUUUCGGCUCAGUCUAGGAACGCAUCUGAGCACUCUACGGGCAAGGCAGGCUCCUACAAUGUCCAGAAUGGGGGUAGUCUCGGGCGAUUCAAAGCCCCAGUCGUGUCGGAAGAAGAAGAGCUGCAUCAUGAGGAGAGCCCGGCCCCGAUAAACAGCCCCGGUGUGAAGCGGAGCACUUCGUCAUCUGGGCCUAGUAUCCAGAGCGUAGAGAGGGCGCUGCCGCCCAGGGCUCCGUCAUCGAAGCCUUCACCUAGGGUGAACUCCCCACCAACUCAGCGCGGAGACAGAAACAUCGGCCGACCUCCACACCCUACUCAUUCGCCAUCGCCUGCAAGAGGUGGUGUGAAAAAUUCAGGGGAGGCGAAUAUACCUUCAGCCUCUCCGAUUAAAGACAGGGCCAAAAAAUUUUACCCCAGCCGAUCUCGGGAGAAUUUGAAUAGGUCCAAAGAGAAUUUAAAUAGAUCUAGGGAAUUUCUAGAUCAAUCUGCAGAUUCAUUGCCUGGACGAAGAGGCUCUGCCGACUACUUGUCAAGCUCCUAUGACAAAUUAGAUGCUAGCAGAGAUCAGAUCUAUAGCUCAAGUGACAAAUCUGCUGGUCGUUUUAAUACGGUAGAAAGGACCAGAGGGGAUGCAAGUUCCCCAAGAGAUGUUUUUUUUAGUAAUUCCAGAGGCAGGGAAAGAACCGAUUCCAGGGAUUAUGUUGACAGAUCAGGCAGAAAUGACAGCCGAUCAAGAGAUUCUUCUGACGGUCGACACAAUAGCAGAGAUGGGUAUUACAGAGAAAGAAGCGCAUCAAGGUUCAGUGAUAAAGACACUUACGAUGAUAAUGCUCCUCUACACAGGAGGAAUCGGGAUAGGUCCAAGAGUUUUGAUUUGGACCCACCUCGAGAAAGAUCAGCAUCGAGGGACAGAGAGAGGGCAGGAGUCAGAGAUCGGAGUCUACCGAGGAACUUGUCCGAAUCAUCGCAGGGAGGGUACGGGGAUAGCGGCAGUGCAGUUUCUGGCAGUUCAUACCAACCAAAGGUCAUUUCAGGAUAUCAUCAGCUGCCUAGUACAAGUGCAGGAGUUGGCAGCCUCGAUUAUCCCGGGGCCUCGUCGACUGUGUCGUCAGGCAGCUCUCCGCACUCGCCGAAAUUUAUCCGCUCAUCAAACGCUCAUUCGUCUAUCCAGCACAGCAGCAAUACCCCAUCGGUGGGUCUUCUCUCAUCCAACGCCUCCUAUGCCUCCUCUCGACUUCCCAGCCAGUCUUCAUCUGUGUCUUUGCCUCAACAUCCAGACGGUCGGCCCAUGUCUUUUGUACGGGCUUUGCAAGUUAGUGAUGCUGUGGACAUACGGGAUAAACGCAUUAGUGAGAGGUUGCGGCGGCAGAGCCAGUCAUCACGUAAGGAAAAUGCUAAGAGCGUUUAUGACACGUACGAGGCUUCUGUGUGA